AGAGCGCGUUUGCGGCAGCAUCAUGGCAGCGUAUGGUAUGAGUUUUGAGAGCGCAAACAGCAUUAAAUCAAGAAAAGAGGACAAAAGAGAAGCGAGAGAAGAAAUACUACAGCGGGCUAAACAGAAGUUUGAGGAUGAGGAGAGGAGACGGGCUGAGAGGAAGGCCAGGGGUGAAGACACAUGGAUGCUGCCAGAGGUUGACAACCGACUACAACAGAUAGGACAGGAGCAUACAGUGAAAAACAAGAAAAAGAAAAAAGAAAAGAAAGCCAAAAAGAGUAAGAAAGAAAAGAAAAAGAAGGUCAAGAAAGAGAAAAGGGAACAGGAAGAUGGAUCUUCAGACAGUUCUCAGGUGGACUGUGAGGAUGAGUGGGUGGAAGGAGGCGAGAAACCCUGGAAGGUGGAACAGGAGGCCACACCCACUAGCUCAGCCAGUACUAACCAAAGAGACGAUUGGAUGACCUUUGACUUCCUGGCUAUGAAGACGACCUCCGUGACGGAGAGACGUGCUCAGAAAGAGGCCGCGAAAGAGGCGGAAAGAGAGAAAGCACAGGCCAUCGAGCAGGCUGGUCUUCACAGGUUAGAGUUGAACCCGUAUUGGAAGGAUGGAGGAAGUGGUCUGCCACCUCGGGAAGCAGCUGGUACUGCAGUUAAGAAAGCUGGAGUGGUGAAUGAUGGAGGGGUAAGCUGGCUCCGGAAGUCUUAUCAGAGGAUGAAAGAGCAGGCCGAACGGGAAAAGCGCAGUGUUGAGAGCGUGGUGGCAGAGAGAUAUGGGUCAAUAGAAGAGUUUCAGAAGAGACUGGAUGAAGCUGAAGAAGCGGCUUACGGAGAGAGACGAGAAGAGACGAUAGACCGACACGAGGGCCGAGAGAGAUGGAGAAGAGACAAUAGAGACGAUGGGAGAGAGAGAUGGAGGAGAGGUGACCGGGAGGAGAGAUGGAGAGAGAGAUCUCCACAAACUGAGAGAGACAGAGAACGCAGCAGACAUGACAGAGAGCAAAAGAGAGAGAGAGAUGACGGGAAGCGGGGCGAUCGAGAACCCCAUUCCAUAAAACGCAUCUCUCACUCGGGGUCCUCUGCCUCACUCUCCAGCCUCAGGAGCAAGUUCCUCAAACCCUCAGACAAUGAUGAGGACAUGAGCGUAGGGGCGGGGUUAAAGAUGGGAGGAGCGACAAGCUCAACGUCCAAUCAGAGUGCAGGAUUCAGGAAACCUGUUGAUGAUGAAGGUAGUGGUGUUGUGGCUGCCUGGAGGAAGAGCAGCGCUGUGCAGGAGAAAGCGGCAUCACAGAAACACAAAGACAACAGCGCCGCCCUGCUGGAGGAGAGUAAAACAACAACAGCAGCAGAGAGCAGUUCAGAGAGUGAGGAAGAGGAGGAAGAGGUGAUUUUGACUGAAGAAGAGAUGAAUAAACUUGGAGCCAAACUGGUCAAGGCAGAAAUCGUGGGUAACACGGCCCUGGUUGAAAAACUAAAGGCUCAGAUGGACGCUGCCCGCCGAGCGAAGGAGAGCAGAGCUCAAAGGAAAGAGCGGACGGAACAGGUGUCUUCGCAGCCAGAUGCAGAAAAAGAAGUGGUGCUGUUCAGAACCGACCAAUCAGGACGAGCGUGGCCGGUCAACGCCCCCACGCAACAUCAGGAGCCGAGGGGAGGACGAAGAAAGAAAAAAGCUAUCGAAACGCAUCAGGACGGCGAGCGUGUGCGUUAUUUUGAAGAUGAUGACGGUGUGGAUCUGCGUGAGAUGGUCAGACGGGAGAAGAUGAGCACUGCUGAAGAUCAGAACGCUCUGUACUCGAGGAUGGCUGCGAAGAUGAUGGGAAGGACGGACGGUGAUAACUACAUGCUGGAUGACAUGUUUGUGUCGAGUGCGGCCCAGAAGGAGGGCUCGGGUCGAGACGAGGAGAGACAGAGGAAUAAAGCCGUGCAGGAGACACGACGCUUAGCCGGACGCAUGGAGAAGUGCCCGCACUGUUUCGACAGCCCCGAACUGCCCAAACAUCUCAUUGUUGCAGUUGGAACCAAGGUGUACUUGUGUCUGCCAAACGGUGUGUCGCUGACUGAAGGUCACUGUCUGAUCGUCCCUGUCCAACAUCACACAGCGGCCACAGGCCUGGAUGAGGACGUAUGGAAUGAAAUACAGACGUUCCGUCUAGCUCUAGUCCAGAUGUUUGAGGCUCAGGAUUUGGACUGUGUGUUUUUCGAGACUCACAUGAACCUGAAGAGACAUUUUCACAUGGUGUACGAGUGUGUGCCGCUGCCCAAAGAGCUCGGAGACAUGGCACCUAUUUACUUUAAGAAAGCCAUCAUGGAGUCAGAUGAGGAGUGGGCCAUGAAUAAGAAAGUUGUGGAUCUCUCAUCUAAAGACAUCAGACGAGCCGUUCCACGAGGGCUGCCGUACUUCUCCGUGGACUUUGGUUUGCAGGGCGGCUUUGCUCACGUCAUCGAGAACGAGCAGAAGUUUCCACACUAUUUUGGCAAAGAAAUCUUGGGUGGAAUGCUCGACCUUGAACCCAGACGAUGGCGGAAACAGAUACGUGAGAAUUUUGACGACCAGCGGAAGAAGGUCCUUGCGUUCGCUCAGUGGUGGAAACCCUUCGACUGUACUAAGACCGACAGCUAGCCAAUCAGAGACGAGCACGCUGAUGCGUUCUGAGCUCUGAUUAAAUACGCUGUUAGGUUAUGCAGACACUUGUUUCUGUAUGAGAAGCAUCUGGACAAACAUAGAAAUGUACAAAGUUAAACUAGCUAGCUGUUUAUUGCAGGUACGAGUGUUUACCUGCUUGAGACAAACUAGAAGUGUCGAGCUGUUGAAGUCUUGAGUUUUUAUAAGAUGUGACAAAAGGCUUUUUAUGGACAGGUGAUGAUGUCCCUCCAAACACAUUCAUUUUUAUUACUCUUGUCUACAGUUUUCUCUGAUAGAUUUGUGUAAAGUGCUUCCCUGCUUUUGUCCACAGUGAUGUUGUAAAUCAGUGUUUUCAAGAGCAUUAAAAUCAGAAAAAAAUGACAAAAAGUUCUCUA